AUGCCAUGCCAAAGUCCAGUCAAGGCCAAAAGGCCAGCCAAAAAGGCCAGGCCAGGCCACGUGAAAAGGAUAAACAGUGCCAAUGGCCUUGAGAUUAAGAGCACCGUGGGCCAGUCUUCCCUGACGGUGACCAACGUCACUGAAGAGCACUAUGGCAACUACACCUGUGUGGCUGCCAACAGGCUAGGGGUCACCAAUGCUGGACUAGUCCUUUUCAGUAAGUACGCCAAAGCAGGGCCCAACUUGGAGAAGAAGACUUUCUCUAUCUAUGGACACUACCCAGUGGUGCAUGAGGCUCUGUGGAGGAAGGGCUGGGUGGAGAAGAAGUUCCACUUCUUGCCCAGGGUCAUUGCCAAUGUCAAGGAUGGAGGCACCGGGGUUGCUGAUAAUAAACCUGCUGAAGUGAAAGAAAAUAAAGAAACAGCUCUGGAGAGAAUAGAGGACAUCCACGAUGUGAUGUCUAGGUUGGUAAAAAACGAGAUGCCCUACCUCCUCUGGACCAUCAAGAGGGGUAUUGACCAUCACAACCUGACCUGUGACCAGAUGCUGAACCACAACGCCAAGACCGUCUCCUUCACCGCCAAGAUCGGGCUGUGCGUGAACAUGUGGAGCCUGCCGUGGUACGUCCCGGUGAACCCCGACUCCUUCUUCCCAUGCUGCUACAGCCUCUGCGCUGACAGCAAGCAGCAGGAGUUUCUGGAUGACUUCCGGCAUACCAUGGCAUCCAGCAUCCUCAAGUGGGUGGUCAGUCACCAGAGUUUCGGCAGGAGCAAGCCCACAGCCCAGGUGGAGGAGGCCAAGAGCAGCGAGCUGAGCAGCAGGACAGAUGCUGAAAAUGCUGAGGCAAAGCUCACGGGCCUUCCCGGGAAGCUUGUGGACGUCACAUGCAAGGCGUACCAGACCUACCUGGGGAAGCUGGAGCAUGAGGACAUCGACGUGGCAGAGGGCACCACGGAGGACCUCACUGAGGCCGAGUGGGAGGACCUGACCCAGCAGUACUAUGCCCUCAUUCACAAGCCACUGCAGCCCUGGGUCAGUGGAAACUUGCUGGUCCCCUGGGCGGCGUUGGCUGUGACCAGCAUGGUGGACAUCCACGGUGACCUGCCCUAUUUACACAAGAUCAUUUUGGGCCGGCCCGUGCAGCAGGGACGGGGCUGUUUCAGGGGCGCAGGGUCGGGGGGCUGGCUGCACCUGGUUUGCUUCACGUCCUCACCACAGUGGAGGGUCCCGUUCCUAUCCUGGGGCCAGCAGUGCACGUCACUCACCAGGGAGGAGGCGUGUCGGCUGCCGCCUCGUCAGGAUGUCGGGGGGGCUCCACACUGGGCCUUUUUCUUUGCAGCCCUGAGUCUGCCCAUGCAGGACGGGUCCAACGGGUCCAACGGGCCCUGGGGUGGCUGCUGCGCCAUCCACUUGUGCAACAACGCCAUCCAGAAGCACCUGAAGAAUGACGCGGGCCGCAGCCCUCUGCUGCCAGCACACAACAUGUGGACCAGUGCCAGUUUCCAGGAGUACCUGCAGGGCCAGGGCCACGGCGCCACGUGGGGCAGUGUCAUCUACCCGUCCACGAAGGUCAUGAUGGUGGCACAGGAUCAUGUGGAGCCUCAUAAGAACAGCUUUGAGCUCUAUGGGGCCGACUUUGUGCUCGGGAGGGACUUCAGGCCCUGGCUGAUUGAGAUCAACUCCAGCCCCACCACGCACCCGUCCACGCCCGUCACGGCCCAGCUGUGCGCAAAGGUGCAGGAGGAUGCCAUCAAGGUGGCCGUGGACUGCAGCUGUGACAUCGGCAACUUCGAUCUCCUGUGGAGGCAGCCUGCAGUUGAGCUGCCCCCAUUCAGUGGGUCUGACCUCUGUGUGGCGGGCAUUGGUAUGAGGAGGGUAAGAAGGCAGGUGCUGCCCGUCUGCAACCUCAAGGCCUCAGCCUCGCUGUGGGAUGCACAGCCGCUGAAGGCACAGUGCCCCCUCGCCAUGCUGGACCCCACCCAGGGACCCAUAUGACCGGCUCUCCAGUGAGACCUGGGACUGAAGGAUGAGAAGGUCCCUCUGGCCUUGCUGGCACCCCCAAAAAGGCCAGCCAAGAACGGCAGAGCCGCACAGCCCACCCGCAACAAGGCUGCCAGGAAGGCCGAGCUCCCUGCCUGCCUUUGCCACCAUGCGGACAGUCAGGCCCUGAACACCUGUGACCCUGAAGCCCAGCCUACCAGAUACUCAGAUCCAAACCUGUUUAAUGUGCACCCCUGGCGCCUGUGCUGCAGGGCCUGA